GCCGACUUUGCUCCGAUCUCAUAGAUUCACAUUGGGAGCCAUGGCCGGCUGAGCAUCGAUGGCUGGCCUCCACCCCGGGCUCGAUGCACGACCUGGUCCUUUCAGUAUCAUGUAUCUCCGCUGUGGCUUCCCAGUUCUGCAUUUUGGUUUUCGCCUCUUUGGUGUGCAGUGCUUGCACAUGCCGGAUGAUGAUCUCGCUGCCUGUCGAGCAAGUCUCCCCUCCCCGUCGUUCCUCGUUUCCUUCGCUGCCCCGUCUCCGUGACCACCGCAUCCCCACCGGCCUCGCAGUGUGGCCGUUUGCUUCUCCCGUCUCGCUCUGCCCAUUCGUCUGUCGUUGCCGUCCCUUGCUCGCCCACUCUCUUCGUCCUGUCCCCCGCUCGUUCGAUCCCUGCUCCGCAUGGCGGACACAUGCCCUCCCGAACUCCACGAAAUGCCGACUCCCACCCGCUCAGGUGUUUCUUUUCUGUGAAUCAUUCUUCAACAAGAUCAGCAUUUCCCCCACUCCGUUUCGUCCCAUCCCACCCCCGUCGCUGCCCGCACCGACCCGCGCGGUCUGUCCACAUCGGCUGGGGUCUCUGUAGGCGCCGCUGGUGUAUCCCUCGGGAUCUCUGUGUCGUUGGCAAA